AAGGCCAAAGAGGGAUCUAAUAAGAAAAUCCAAAGCCAAAUCCCCUUAUCACUUCAUUUUCCCCUCUUACAGUUGCCAUGGCAGCUCUCAAACUUCCUUCUUUUUCCAAAACCUUAAACCCUAAUUCUCAAUUCCAAAACCUCCCUAAAACCCCAACUUUUCUUCUUUCUCUUUCCUACCCUUUUCUCACCACCUCUCUCUCUUCAAUUCCACCAUCAACAAGUUCAAGAUUCCCAGUUGUAAGAGCCAUUUCUGAUGGGGAAUACUCUUCUAAGAGGAGCAGUAACAGCGACGAAAGGGAAACUAUUAUGUUACCUGGAUGUGAUUAUAACCACUGGCUUAUUGUUAUGGAGUUCCCUAAAGACCCUGCUCCUACUAGAGAACAGAUGAUUGAUACUUAUCUUGACACUCUAGCCACCGUUCUUGGAAGUAUGGAAGAGGCAAAGAAGAACAUGUAUGCCUUUAGUACUACCACUUACACUGGAUUUCAGUGCACUGUUUCGGAAGAAACAUCAGAGAAGUUUAAGGGUCUACCUGGAGUUCUAUGGGUCCUGCCCGAUUCUUAUAUAGAUGUGAAGAACAAGGACUAUGGAGGAGAUAAGUACAUCAAUGGAGAAAUAAUUCCUUGUCAGUAUCCUACUUACCAACCCAAACAGGCUAACAGAACAAGAAGCAAGAGUAAAGCAUAUGUAAGAAGAAGAGAUGGUCCUCCGCCUGAACGUACAAGACGAGCAGCAGCUCCCGAGUCUUCCUCCUAAAACUAUUAUGAUGCAUUUUGGGUUAUCUGAUCUUAGAGGCGAAUUGCCAAUAUAUCAUUCAUAGUCGCAUAUUGGUGGGCAAUUUAACAAAGAUAUGUUGGUGCUUAAAGGUUAGAUGGAAAUACACUGCUAGUGCAGGUGUUUGGUUGACUGCAUUUGUUGUUUAUCUUUCUUUCCUCUAGACUAGCUUUCUGGUUGCAUUAUUGAGAAUGUGAAAGAAAGCCGUGUCAGUAUGUAGUUUUGAUCUUACCAUUAUAAUAUUCUGCUGGUUCAAAGCCUGAAAAUGUACGUGAUGACUCAUUAUAA